UUGUUUAAUUAAUAUUCUUCAUUGAUUAUUUAAUCUUAAAAAAAGAUUAUAAUUAAUUUUAUAUAUGAUUCUUCUAAACAGAUACACUUAAUUAUAUACGACAAAUUAAAAUUCAUUUAAUUCAGUAGCGCCAUCUGUUGUUUAUAAAACAUUACGUAGUACGAGGUGGCGAAACCCGUUAAUUAACAACUAAAACAAUUAUUAAUUUAAAACGUUAUUUCUAGAAUAAUCGACUUCAGUUUAAAGUAAUCUUUUUUAUUUCAUUGAUUGAAGUUCAUGAUGACUGAGGUAACUCUUCAAGAUGUUUACACGCUUCAAAUACGAAGGCAGUCGAAUAUGAGUAACCCAUCUCCCUACUGUGAAGCUUGUAAAAAUGGUUUUGUCCAUGUUAACAGCAUUCAAGUGAGACAGUUCACGCAGACUGGGAAAUUGCCUGGUGUUUGUAGAUCUUGCAACAAUUCCUUUUUAAGAAUAUGUCGCUUACAAAUCCGCCACUUGACUCAUUCCGAAUCUCAUCCUCAUGUUUGUCCAAUUUGCAAUAAAUCUUUCACUCAUGCUGGAAAUAUUAAAAAACACAUGCUUUUGCACGAGCAGGGUGAUGGACAGUCUGAAGAUUUGCCAAAUAAUAUAACCAAAACCCUUGCUUCAGGAAAACCAAAACCUCCUUUUGAGUGUAGAGAUUGUGGGAGAGUGUUCAUUAAACAUGGAUCAUUCUUAAAACAUUGUGAUAAACAUAAAAAUUGCACUGAUAAAAUUGAUCUUGAUAAUACUGAAAGUCCUAUGGUUCAAGAAAAUGAGAUUCCUCCUAAACCUGUCAAUGGGGAGAGUACCAUUGUCACCAAAGUCUCUGAAAAAUUUUUUCCUUGUGAACAGUGUAAUAGAUCUUUUACCAGCCAAAAAUAUCUCAUUAGGCAUUAUCAAUCGGAUCACGAAGCUGAAUUUCCGUGUCAAGUCUGUGAAAAAGCUUUUAAGACAAGACCUCUCUUGUCUUCUCACAUGAGAAGUCAUAAGCAUAUUUGUAAAUUAUGUAAAAAAUCAUUUACAUUACCAGAAGAUUUAGAGCUGCAUUUGCAAAAUCAUGUACAGGAACAAGUAGAAGUUGCAGAGUCCAAAAAAUCUAAUCAUGUUUGUUCAGUUUGUCAGAAAGGUUUUGUACACUUAAAUGGUCUCAGAAAGCAUUUCCUGACACAUACUGCUUAUAAAAGCUCACCAGAAUCUCCCAAACCUCAAAGUGUACCUAAACCCCAAGCAAAAGUUGGAAAAAAGCAUAAAAUAUAUCGAUGUCAGCAUUGCAGUAAAUAUUACAAAUUCCGUAGGACUCUGAAUAAACACGUGGCUGAAAGCCAUUCUGAGUAAACAAAUAUGUUGAACAAGAAACAGAAGCUAGUAGAAAUAAAUCAAAUAAUUUUUAUUUUUUCAUGCGCAUGAAGACUACUUCUAAUCAAAGAAAAAUAUUAGUUAUUAAUGUUUAUUGAAUGCUCGAUUUAUGGAUGGAUCGUCAAUUAAGUAACAAUUCCAGCCAAAAUUUUAUGAUGACACAAUUUUUGGAAACUAGUUUUUAUGCUAGUGUAUAUAAAGUAGAACCUUGAUUAUACAAACCUCUUUAAUUUAAAUGCCUCUGUUUAUCAAAAGUGGAAUUUUUGUGACUUUAAGUGCUAUAUAUUUAGUUUUUCAGUGUUAAAUUUUUAGUCUUCUCAGUUUCAUUAGCAUGCUGUCUAUCACUGCCGAAAUAAACACUGUGUAUUGUGGUGACUUCCUGGCAGUGGCCCUUGAGAAACUAAAAUUAACAUCCCAGAAAGAUACCAAGCCAUCUUCAGGCAAACCUCGACUUAUUUCUUUAAAAUUUUGUGCCUUGGUGAUUGUAAUUGGCACCAACAGAUACUGAAACAUAAAUAUCCCCAAUUUCAGCUUAAUAUUAGGCUUUCAGUGACACUAUAGAUAAUUUUAAGUGAGUAAACAAAUAAAAGUUUUGUUAGCGACAAAUGAAGUUGGUUGCUUCGAUUUGACAGUAGAAAUUGAAAUGUAAAAUUUUGGUUGCAUCCUGCAUCUUUUUGUUAUUAUUAAUGUAGUUUAAGUUUGAUAACUAUAGCUUCCUUUUCUGCUAUUAAGAAGUGUGGUAUGUUAUCCUUGCAGCAAAAAUUUAAUCUGGCACUGCAAAUGGAAUUAGAAUAAAACAUGCUAAAUUUUUUAAAAAUAAAAAAAAUGUUUAUUCCAGAGGUUUGUUUAUUUGGAGAAUAUCUGUUCCCAAUUAGUUGGGAUAAUCAAAUUCUUGCUUUAUUCUGAAUAAUUAUUUGGUCCUAUUGAAAUGGUGUUUUUAAAAACAUCAUUAUUGAAGGGGGGGAAGGAAAUUUUGUGUUGUAAAAGUAGGUUUAACUGAUUAUUUCAUUUUUAAAACUUGAUUAAGAAUCACUACUAGUAAAGUUAUUGUAUUGAAUUUUUCUUACAAUAAGAAACUUUCUUUUAAAUACUUUUUUUAAAUUUAUAAAUCAUUUUAUUAAGAUGAUUGCAAGAUGUAUGUAAUUAACUCUCUCUUUAAGAAAGCAUGCAUAUUUUUUUUCCCCAAUGCCCAUCUGGGUUGACAUUUAGUCAAUUCAGGCAUAUUAGGGCAGAUUUGUUGGACACUCACAUGCAUCAAUAUUAUAUUAAGGUACUUAAAUCACUGAUUGAAAAAUGUACUCUGGAUUCUAUCAAGUUGCCAGUUCUGUUUUUGAAGUUUAACUUAGCAAUACAUUUUAUUUUGCUGCACUAAAACUACGAAGGCUUAAGUACUUAAAAUUACGAAGGUGAGUAGAAAAACGAAUAAGAAGUAUGGUGUAAUACAUAAAUUUAGUAUUUAAAAAUUUGUUACUGUUAUACUUACAGUGAAAAAUACCAUGCUGGCCACACUGCAGAUCACAGAAGUUUUUCAUAAAAUAUUAAAAAUUUGAAAUUAUAACUAGCUUUAGAAAAAUGUACAGUGAGUGGUAUCAGAAAAUUUAACAUUCAAUAAUUAUUCUUAUUGUUUGAUGUGAUGCUUGUCUGCUUUAGUAGCAUUUUUUGUCAAAUGCUCCAAACUCAAUUCUGCCUAGUUCCAUUUUCUUGGGUCGAAUACUUUGUUUAUAAAGUCUGACAGUCCUUUAAUAGAGCUGAGAUGUAGACAUUCAAUGAUUAUUUAGAGAAUUAUUAACUUAUAGUAAAAAAACUUCCAUUUGACUCGAUCUGUAACCUCCUGUAAUGCAAAUUAUAUUCUUUGCUGUGUUGAAAUUUCAUGUGCGAAAAUAGCUAUUUAAAUAUGUGGAUGUGACAUGAGUUAAAAAUUAUUGCAAUUUUAAAUGCUUUUUUUUUUUUUUUUUUU